UUCUUCAGUCAGAGACGGAUUGUUUACGUCAGGUGUUGGAGGCGGGGCUUUUGGAACCCCGGUCUGCGGUUACAGCAUCGCGGCCAUGACUUCCUAAGUGAAAGGGGGAAGCUUGGAUUAUACUAAACUAAAUCGCUAAUUGGAUUGCUACGUACUGUGAAUCUGUCAUCUUUCCGUCAUUGCACCAGUUUAUUUCAGUUUUGAAAAGCGAAUUGUAGAGCCGGCUGUGUGAAGCGGAAGCUGUUUCUUUGUUCACUUGGCUGGCUGUUGUGGGUAGUCCGUUCUUUGCUGAUGGGGUCUGGCGGUGGGAUUGCACCGGGCGAGAGGAUUUGAGAGCCGCUCACGCCCCCCCGUACUACACAUCCUACCUGAGCAGCUCACCUCAUGAGGGUGGGCAGUGGCUUACAUCUUGCCUUCCCUCCCGGGCAUGGGGGGGCAGAAUCACCAACAAGGAGGUAGAAUACAGUGACCCCUCCCCCCAAUACUGGUAGAGACGUUGGGCCAGACGGCCGGGCAGUACAAAACAUUGUGAUACGGGGCUCCGAGUCAUUACUGUACUCUAGAGACCAGUGAGCUUCUCUGGCGUUAACAACGUUUUAACUGACUGGCAUUUUUUCACUAAUGAUACAGGAUUCAUCGGUGGGGAUUUCUAGUGGUAAUAACUGUUUGACAGCUGGCGGGUAGCAACGCACCACCGAGGUUUGCUGUUAAGAGUAGACAGACAGCUGUUUGCCUCACAUCUUUUUGAAGCUGAAGUGAUUGGACCGUUUCCCCUUCAACCUGAGGAGAAUGGCGGCCGUAGCCAGUUACUCACCGCCCUGGUGGGCCACUCUUCUUCACCGGCUACCCCGUUUCAAUCUCAGUUUUAAGAGCACGUCGAGCCAAUUUGAGCCUGAGGACCGUGAGUACCAGGAGUCUUUGCUGGUACUGGGAGGCCUAGCCCUGGCUUGUUUGGCACUCGACCUCCUCAUCCUCUUCAUUUAUUCCUUAUGGUUGUGCUGCCGGCGUUGGAAAGCUGAAGAACAAACUAAGGCUGACUGCUGCUGCACUGUGUGGUGUGUCAUUAUUGCAACUCUUGUCUGCAGUGCUGGCAUUGCUGUUGGGUUCUAUGGCAAUGGAGAGACAAGUGAUGGAAUUCAUCGAUUAACAUACUCUCUGAGACACGCUAAUCGCACUCUUGUUGAGGUUCAGGAUAAGGUAUCAUGGAGUUCGCAGUCCUUAAACCAGACGGUGGAACCUAGCCUUGUUGCACUAGAGGAUAUGCUCAAAAAGCCAGAAUAUCUGAAAGUUAUCCGGUCACUGCAAAGCUUACUAGAUGACCUGAUUAAGCAGCUAACAGAGAUCCCAUUCUGGGAAAAUGAGCAUGUGUCCUUGGAAUAUCUUGCCUCUAAAAUUCAAUUGUACGACUGGUACAGGUGGCUUGGAUAUUUGGGAUUGCUUCUUUUCGAUGUAAUGAUCUGUCUUAGUGUGUUGUUUGGACUCAUUCGCAACUCCAGGACUGUGCUUAUUGGUGUCUGUCUUCUGAGUGUUCUGGCUCUUAUCAUCAGUUGGGCUUCCCUGGGUGUGGAGUUGGCAGUCUCAGUGGGUGCCAGUGAUUUUUGUGUUUCUCCUGAUGCUUAUACUACAAAAAUGGCUGCAAAGUCUCAGGUUCUUAGCAAAGAUAUUCUUUUAUACUACCUGGACUGCAACUCCAACCCUCCAAAUCCUUUUCAGCAGAAGCUUUCAGGUGGACAUAAAGCCUUGGUUGAGAUGCAGGAUGAUGUACUGGAACUCAUGAAAUCAGCUGGGAAGGAAUAUCCGGCUUCAAAGGAUUAUCUGAGGCAGAUACAAGGAGUACUGAAUUCAACGGAGAUCAGUCUGCAACAACUGACUGCUUUGGUGGACUGCCGCAGUCUGCAUAUGGACUAUAUACAGGUUCUAACUGGACUCUGCUAUGAUGGUGUAGAGGGCCUCAUAUACCUGGUUCUUUUCUCCUUUGUCACUGCACUCAUGUUCAGUUCCAUCGUAUGUAGUGUGCCCCACACGUGGCAACAGAAGAGGUCAGGUAUAGUGCGAGCGAGCACAUUGCAGGAUACCCCACAUUCUGAAGAAUUUAGUGCUGGUGAAAGGAACGUUGAUGAGGAUGGUGAGGAAGAAUCAACAACACAAGCAAGCAGACAAACUCAUGACAACUUGUACAGGGUGCACAUGCCCAGCCUGUACAGCUGUGGUAGUAGUUAUGGCAGUGAGACGAGUAUUCCAGCUGCUGCUCAUACCGUCAGUAAUGCACCAGUCACGGAGUACAUGAAUCAGAAUGCUAACUUUCAGAACCCACGUUGUGAAAAUACUCCACUGAUUGGUAGGGAAUCUCCGCCCCCUUCAUAUACAUCCAGCAUGAGGGCCAAGUACCUUGCCACAAGCCGACAAGACUCAAACAGUGUUCAUUAAACCAUUAAUGUGUCAAAUACCCUAUCAGCCAUGGUUCCAGUAACUAAUUAAACCUACAGUCUGCAGAUUUAACUACUUUUGUACUACUCUCACCACAACCUUUCUAUUACAGACAAGAUUCUGGACUGUGCUUUCUACACUUUCUGGUCUUAAAAAAACAAAUGAAAUAGGAAUUUAAGUUUAUAGCAAGAUUUCUGAAAAAAAUGCUGUGCUUUUCUGCAUGUUUGAUUCACCUUGGAUUCUUUUUUACAGGUUUGUCUGAUAUGUUCUGGAACCAUGAACUCCAAAGGUUUAUCCAGUGGCCAGGUAGUUUUUUUAACAGCCAUCUGUUAUUUAUAGGUUCAAGUCCUGUGUUUUGUAUUAUGAAGUGGACAAAGCAGAUUCCCCCAACUCAUCCCCUGUUCAUGGGAUUUCAUUUUCUUGGAAACUUUGGGACAGGUGGAGUGCACUUUUGAUCUGGGGGAAGUCUUGGUUAUUGAAAAUAUGUUUUUAACAUUCCUUUUUCUGUGCUUUGUACAAAGGAACCUCUGCAAUGGUUGCUUUAGUAUCUUCAGGAACUUAUCUUCCCAGCAGCACAUGUCCACUUAAUAUGGUUUUGUACUGUACUGCUGCAUGGGAACAUUACUUAACAGUUGUGUAGUUGUGGGCUACACUUUAUGGACACUUUAAGAUAAUACAUUGCUGAGGCAUUUAUGUGUUCUUUGCCACUUUUUGUGCCCCUCAGUGUUACUCCAGAUUCCUUACAGGUGAUAAAGAUUCUAAAUGUGGGACCUCUGGUCUUUUUGCUUCUGAAACAUUUCAGUACCAUUUAAAAUGAGAAGUGAAUCUGGUUGCCUGCUGCCAUUUUUCAGGGUGCAUGAAAUAUGCACCAGCUAAGACGUCUGCUUCAGCUGGAAUAGAAUGUUUUUGAAAGAGCACAGGAGCUUACAUCUCUUGUUUUAUAUUUUAGAAAACAAAGGCCCGUCCGGAGUCUUACAACUGUUUGUAUGCAUUGUGUUAGUAGUGAUAACAAAAAGCACAAACUGUGACUUGUGGAGUCUGGGAAAAAAAGUGUGUGUGCAUGUAUGUAUAUGUAGUUUUGUAAGGUGAGGUGCCUCUCGUACUGGAAAUGUGGCUCUACCUCUCUUUGUCAUCUGCACAGUUAUAUGUUACUUAGACAGGGGUUAGAUAUACUACCAUUAUUAUCUUUGUCGUAAAAGAGUUCUGUGCAACUGUUGACAUUCCAAAGGGUAGAGUAUUUGGGAUGUGUGCUAAGCACAGAGUUUUCCCAUUCAUUGAUGCCUGUUGUCCUUUGAACCCAUUUCAGUGCAGGGGAAUAGAAUGUCUUGAUAUGUUUAGAAGUUGAUUUUCAUGCUAUCACUAGCAUGAGCUGUUGCUAUCCUUUAAAUCAUUUUCUGUCAAAACAUGAGAUUUUCAUUUACACGUCUGAUUUCUUAAAGACAUAGUGUACUGUUCGGAGCUAAUAUUAAGUGAUGUUAAGUUGAAGCAUGUUUUGCAUCUCAGGCUUCUCUUCAUUUACGGGAUGAUUACUCAAAGUUGGUAGGUAUGACAUAGUAGUCAUCUGCCAGCUAACAUAGCUGUAGCUUUUGACCUUAACUGCAUUGUUUCCAACUUCAAGGUCAGUGAUCUAAUUGCUGUUUGGAAGUAGCCAUUCAGCAGCUGUGAUACUAGACAUUGAGGUUGCCACAUUUGCUGCUUGCCCCACUGCAUUUGUUAAGCUGUUGUCAUUCCCAAAACUGUUGCAGAGAAGUCCCUGUCCACACUGAUUCAUCCAUCCAGCCAGCCAUCUACAACCCCUUUUUCCCCAUUUUUCUUAUGGGGUCAGUGUCACUUCAACAGUGACAAUCAUCUACAGCCAAGGUUUAAACUGCAGGGUGGCUAGCCCUGCAGGUUUAAAAACAUCAUAACUGAAUACCAUCCUUGAGGCUUGUUUGAGAGUAUUAUCAAAAAUUGAUUCAGAUAUAGGGAAGUGCACCAAGCAAUGCAUUUCAGGAAAAGUAGGCUCAUUGCUUUGGAACUAAUCCUGAACUACACUUCCGGAAUUCAUUGCUGCACUGUUAAUGUGCAUGUGCAUUAUGCUCCCCUACUGUUUAUAGGGUGCAUAGGGGAUUUUUAAAGUGGUAGUUGUUCUGAAGUCUGGUUUGCUGCAUAAAAUGAUAACAUAUUCCCUGCACUUAUUCACUUUGAGACUGAGAGGUGAACAUUCUUCUUUUUCAGAACCUUGUGUUCAUCAUAACUAAACAUCCAGGUGAAGACUGGGUAUCUCUUGGAAUUAGUAGCUGUCUCCAGAGACUGUGUAGUGUAUUUCAGCUAAUACAGGUUCUUAUCCACAGAAAUCCCUGCACUAUUGAAGUACCAGAAUUUGGUAAGUUAUUUUGAGACUAAGUUCAGUGAUGUAGUUUAUCAAAACCCAAAUAUAAAAACAAGGAAAUUAAGUAUUUCUAUGUCAUGUGGGCAACCCCCAUGUACUGGCCUUCACCCCUUUAGUUAAUGUAUGCUAGUUGGAGGUCACACAACAUUGUAGGUUAAGGAAUUUCAGACAAAUUAAUGUUUCUGAAACAGUUCUCAAUCACAGAAGUACCAAAGUAGCUUUUUCUCACUGCAUUCUAUUGAUACUGAUGUUUGUUUUCAUGGAGUGAUGUAGAGCAUUUUGGGUGAUAUCAGCUACUGAUAAGUAAUUACUAGCAACACAUCACAAGUGGAAGAUGAAAUUUAAAAAACAUUAUUGAGUGCAUCUUUUUGUUACUCUCUCUUUGGCCAUCCCCACAGCUGGCCAUCAAACCAGUCCACCUGGUUAUUUAGUGCUGACAUGCCACAGAAUGAAUGGGUUAGCAGUCCCUCAAUUGUUGUGGAUGAGAGUCAAACCAGGAAUGAGAGCCAUUACCUGUGCACUAGGGGAUGGAGUUGCAUGUUGGAGUACAAGGAGUUGGUAAGCAGUGGUCCACUGGUAUGCAUGUUCAUGCCUGUGCAUUUGGAAUGAACAGUUGGCCAUACUCCCCCUGGAAGGCCUACAUCCAGAAGUGAGCUGUUUCAAGCAGCACCCUGGGCCAGUACUGUGAACCAGAGGCCCAUCCCCUCAGCUCUUCAACUGAAGAGCAAAAACACUUCACUGUAAUAAAUCGAUUGAUGCAUUGUAAGUGACUGGCUUAUUACAGUUAGUUCUAUGCCCCCCUCCCCAGCUCUUCCAUUGAAUAGAAAAAAAAUGGACAAUUCCUUCUACUGACACACAAACCAGGUUGCAAAAUGCAUGACUUGCAUCCCUGUCCAGCCAUUCAGGUCCUGUUUCUGUGCCCUGCCCCUAACAAUCCUUCAUGUUUUAUUUAAAAAAAAAAAAAAAAAAACUUUCUUCUUUUAAACUGUAACAAACAGUUGCUCAGUUUUUACUUUGCUUCCACAGAGGGCUGUAGUGCUCAGAUUUUAGUUAAAAAGAGAAUUUUUAUUUUUACUUUUAAACUGUAGCAAACUGCUUACUACAAUGUAGCAAGCAGUUGCUACAGUUAGGUCACGCACAGCAUGCUGCAGUGCUCAGGUUUGGCCAUAAAUGAAGUACCGACUUUUAAAAGAUGGUAUUACAUUAACAAAAGAUUGGGAUUGGCUGAUCACGCUACCCCCACCCACAUUUUGCACCUGGGGCAGUUGGCCCCUUGCCUACUUUAUUUGCGCUACUGCAUACAUUUCCAUUUGAUUCUGGUCUUCCCCAUGUACCAUGAUCUCAACUUCUUCAGUCCCCAGAACAAAAGUUAGCAUGCUAAGUAUUACCAUUCCUGCCCUCUCCUUGCCCUUAAGCAGAUUACCCAAGAUGCUAAUUGAGCUUGGGUCACUUGGGACAUAAUCAGAUCUUUAUCCCUGUUUUCCUCCAGCAAUUUAGGGGCACCUUAGAGUAAGAAAGAAAGACUGGUUAAUACCUAGUUUGUAAACAUCUUGAGUGGACAUGAACAGCAUGUAUUAAACCACUUUUUAGUAAACCUUUGAACUCUGGAUGAGGUCAUGACACAUUUAUAGUAUUGAAAUUCAGCAGGGUAAAGAGAUAGCUAUAUCAGCUGCUUGGCAAAGCCUCUUUCAUAUUUCUAGUUCAUCACUGUUGUGCAUAGGGUUUUGUAAACAGAAAAGAAGUAUUAUCUCCAUAUAUUAGACAUAGAAUGGCACAUUUCAUAGGUAAAAUUUUUUGUAAACAUUUCCUGCCUUGUAUUCUGGAGCUUAACUUGACCUAAGCUACAGUUCUGUUGUAUCAUUUUGCUGUAUAGAAUAUACACCCUGCAAAUUUAUAUCUUCACCUUCCAAAGAAACAGACAAUGUAAAUGGUGCCAUGACUGGAAAAGGAACAAGAGAUUUUAUUCCAAAUUCUUCUGGGAUAAUGAUUAAUUUAACUGAGUUAACCAUAUCAGGCACAAGUCCACAUUUUCAGAAGUGACCAAAGGACUGUUUUGUGAUGGGGUGUUAUAGUUCAGUAGUUUUCAAAUAGAGAGCUGGAAUCAAACUCUUUUCUGCUAGAUAAAGCUCAGUAACGGGAUAUAACUUUAACAUUCAUUGUUAUAUGGCUGCCUUAACAGAGGCUAGGUUUGUAAGACAAAAAGUGCUUUUUAGGAGUUUAAUUUAUUUCAGCUUUUGCAGUGCAGAUGAAUUAGGUGGUGAUUAUUGUCUUCUGCAUUAAUCCUCAUGCCAGGACAGUGUCAUUAACUCAAGAAUGGAAAAGGACUGGACAAUUUAUUGAAAAUUCUGUUUUGACUCCGAAAGGUCUAUGUAUUUGGUUAAUUGGUGCGAAGUUCAUUCUGCCAAAUGAUUUAACUGCAUUAUGGGAAUUAUCCAAAGAGUAAACUGCAAUAUUGGUACCAUGCUUGUUGAUUGGAGUGCUUUCAGCAGGUAGUAGAAAGAUUAUUUGGAGGAAUGUGAUAGCUACCUGUUGAAGGGUAGAUAACUGCCAUCAGAAGACAUAGGAGUGCCCCAUUGCCAGUUGGGGAUGUGACAGUUACACUGCUAGAAGUCAUCUACCUGUAGAUAUUAGAGCUGUGUAGGGUCUGUGAGGCACAGCUCCCCACAACUAUACACACACUAUAUAUAUAUAUAUAUAUAUAUAUAUAUAUAUAUAUGGGCACUUUAAGAAAAAUUGGGGUAGGAUGUGUAAUUAUACUUUUACUAAGAACUUUUACACUCCCAUUUCUAAGAAUUAUCCAUGUUGCGAGUAAAGGAACGCACAUAGUAUAUUUUAGUGUGUGUGUGUGUGUGUGUGUAAAUAUAUAUAUAUAUAUAUAUAUAUGUGUGUGUGUGUGUGUGUGUGUGUGUGUGUGUGUGUGUGUGUGUGUGUGUGUGUGCACGUGCAAGCAUGUACACUUAAUUCUCAUGGCAGUUUCAUGUCCAACUUUUGCUUUAUUAUAAUGCUUUUAUCCAAAACCCUUUAACUUUAAGAAAUGAUACAGAUAAAAACAACCUGACAGAAUAUUUAUAAUCAUUUUGGAAGGCAAAAAUUGCAGUUUGUAAAAUUAAUGUAAAGCUGACAAACUGGAUAGUGUUCAUUAAAAACAAGAUCUAAUAAGCACAGUUUAGGAGGUCUCCUAAUACAGGCUGCAGUGGAGCACACUUGAAGACGGCAAGGCAGUAGACUCUAAAGUCAGAGUUUGGUAUGUAAAUGAGUGAAUGCUUGAUAUUUCAAGCCACUAAUAAUAAAAUGCCAUCAGUCCCAGGGAAGUAGAAUGCUGUACCUAAGGUGGGCAAUAAGCACUUUCAAUUCACAGGGGUGAGAGUUGUGCUGGAUCAGGUAAACCAACACCAUAACUUUAAAAAUAAAAUUGCAUUGGGAGCCAGUGCAGACAUAACAUAGAGGGUUAUGAUCAUGUUUCUGACCCUUAACUACAUUAUUAUGUGUUCGAGACGUGGAUGCCAAGAAAUUUAAAAUGCAUAAUGGUUAUGAUCAGUGAGAUCCGAUCAUAACUUUUUGUAGUGCAUGGCGUUUAUUUUCUGCUUCAUGUAUUACCAGUUACAAAUGGAGAAAAAAAAUCAUCGGCUUUAAAAGUCAGUAAAGCUCAUAGCAACUGCUGUAGCGUAGAUGGCAAGUCAGUGUUAUUGGACAAAAAUGUAAAAGGUUUUUAAGUGCUGCUUUGAUUUUGUGAAAUAAGUUACUUACAGACCGAUAUCUGUAAAGUUUGGUAACAAAACUAAAAUAAAAGGCAAGAUAUUCAUGGACACUUGAGGGUCAAGGAAUAUACUGUUACAGUCAGGUCUUGCACUACACAGGCUCUUUAUAGUUUUGUUUUUUCCUGAUUUUGGAGCAUGAUCUCAGCGCUCAAUGCACUGCAUUUUUAAUUAUAAUGUUGUGUUUGUAAGGAGUCAAGCUGAAGAGUUUUGCACAAUUUGCAGUCAAUAUAAUUCUAUGUUGGAAAGUCCAAGGUGCAGUACAUUACAGUAGUCAAGGUGAUGAAGAUCCUUAAAUUAAUGACUGGGAAUAUUCUCAAAAGGCGUUUAGUGGUUGAUCAGUGAAAUGUUCUUCAGAUGAAAGCAAGAUGGUUUGAUCAUGACUGACGCAUGGUCCUUGAAUGUCUGCAAUUAAUUGAGGAUUACACCAAAAUCUUGCCCUCUUGAUACAAUCUUGUGUAUUAUUUUCAUGUGAUUAAUGCACAGAAAUGAGUGAAUGGCCUUCUGGUUGUCCAUCACUUACCAUACAAUAUUGAGGAACGGCAGGGUAAAGCUAUGUGAUUAGCUUAACAAUGUUAAGUUAACCCUCCUCCUCUAAUACGAUCUAACAGCAGUGUAAACCUAGAGAGCAGUGGAUCCAAGUUCAAUAUUUUCAUUUACUAGUGAGAUCUGUCACUACCCUCAAUCGGUGCUGUAGUUCACCUUGUGGCCGGGAAGGGCAGAUUACCUUGAACUGCUCUGCAACUAGGGAGGGAGAAGUGCUACCUUUCCACAUUUUGUCAUACUGUCUAACCCCUGUACUUUGAAACCCAUUUGUUUGGGUGGGAGGGGAAGCUAGGAAAUGAACAUCUGAAUGCUUCUUGUGGAUGGAUGCCUUUUUGGGGGAAAGCAGACUGAUUUAUUUUAACUUGCUAGGUUGUUCUAGCAAGAUAGGUGCAUAGUUUAUGGCAGUGUCCUAUACAGGAAGUCCAUUGUUUAAAAAAUGCUUUGCAGAAGUACAGUAUGUUUUAGAAUUAAACAGCGAAAUCUGCCAUUGGGGUGAUGUAUAAGUAAAACAAACCUUGUUUGCUACUAUUGUUAGUAUAUAUGGCAGCAGUCGGUGGAUUCCUUGGACUUACUCUGCCUGUUUGCCUUCUGUCAAGGCAGCAAUAGUUAAGGUGAAAAGGAGUUAGCCUCAUAAUAGAUGUGGAUAAUCUUGGUUGAGGGGUGUGGUUAGUGGUAUAUAGAUUUAUUACCCUUACUGGCAUAGCUAUCUGAUCUUUUGAGCUGCUUAGUCCAACUUUGAGUACUGUACUUUUGCAUGCUAAUACUUGGAAUGCACAUCUUUCUGCUGAAGGAUAAAUAUGCACAGGGAAUACUAGCUGUGUGGAAUUGAGUAAUAAAGCCCUGACAAUGACUCAGCCAUUUUGGGUUUCAAGUGGCCUGGUCAGUGGAGGAGAUGGUAAGGGAAGGAGACAGCAAGCGGCUGACACAUGCUGCUCCAUCUCAGGGGGAGGGUUGCAGUCUCACUAACAGCUGCACUGAUGGAAUAAUGCAGCAACGUGCUAGGUUAUAUUCACGUUACUGUAAACACAGUCUAAUUGGGUAGAAGCAAGGAUGCAUCUUUUGAUGAUAUUGUGUGGCCCCUGUUUGUCAGUGACACACCACAAAUUUAGCUGCCGUCCUAAUUUUCCAAAGAUUGCGACCAACCAGUAAGUUUAAUGUAGACUGAAAAGCAGGGACCCCCCCCCCCCCACAAGCACACACACACAAAAACAGGGUGAUAUUAGGAACAAGUCAGUGCAUUAAAAGGAACUGAAUGGAUCAGUAGAUCAGGUGGAAAAAGGUAGAUUGACAGGUUUAAUGGCAAAUGGCCUACUAAAUGUAUAUGUAGUGAUUAGUUGUAUGAGAACCUGAGUACUCUGCAUUCCUGUCCAGUGUAGCAAACUUCAAUUCACAGUGUUAGUUCCGCUUCACUUUCAUUAAAUGCAUGGGUUUGGCAACAGGAAAAGAGUAACUGAAACUGUAUGCAAGUAACCACUGUCUUAACAGUGUAAUGUAACAUAUCAUAGCAUUGUAAUAAACGAAAAGUGAUUUUU